GGAUACAAGCAGAAGAAUUUUUCAUUGCACUAAGAUACACCUAACAAGAGCAAGAGGAGAAUUGCUAGAUGCUGUCAGUAGGUGGCGGUGUUUAGAACCAAGGCAGCUGCAGGAAUAUAUGUAACAUCCACAUCAUAUCCGGGACCUAAAACAGCAACAAAAGUUAUCGCACAGCAGAGUCUGUACAUGCCAUCUGGAGUGCCAAAGGGGGAAAACUGUCAAGUAGACAUGGACAGCAAGGCGGGAGAUCUGUUCAGUGCUGAGGAUGCUCAUCCAACUGGCACAGGAGGAGUCGGAGUGCUGGCAAGGCUCUGGCUUCCCAAAGGCUUAUCAGCAAGCGUGGCUAAAGAGUGGUUUGACAAGCGCCGAUUGUCCAUUCGACCGUGGGCCAGCUUCGUAGACCAACGCAAGUUUUCCAAACCUCGCAACUUUGGAGAGUUGUGCCAGAGGGUGGUGAAAAAUGUGGAAAUUUACAACAGCAACUACACUUUCAUCUUCCUGGGGCUUAUCCUCUAUUGCAUCAUCAGCUCGCCCAUGCUACUGAUUGCCUUGGCUGUGUUUGCUGGUGCCUUUUACAUCAUUCACCUCAAAUCUUUGGAGUCCAAACUGGUCGUCCUCGGCAAGGAGCUGACUGUCCCUCACCAGAUGAGUCUGGCUGGAGCUGUUUCUCUACCUGUGUUCUGGUUGGCUGGAGCUGGAGCUGCCGUGUUUUGGGUUCUGGGAGCAACGCUGUUUGUGAUUGGCUCUCACGCUGCGUUCCGUGAGCUGGAGGGAUCUGACAUGGAAGAGCUCCUCAUGGAGCCUGUAUAAAGAGCAGGCUACGCCCUAUCAGCAGGUGCCGGUUGUCAUCACGUUGACCCCGCAAAUACAUUUGCACACAGGGAUUGUGGAAGAACUGCUCCUAUAUAUGCUCCUUAGCUUGUGUGUAUCCUGUGUUCCCUGUAGUUUACCUUCAGCAUGGUAUCAAGAAUGCACCAUGUCAUGUUACUGACACCUUUUUGAAGCUCAUUUAAGUACAUAAAUUGCCAUAUGCACAAAAAAAAAGGAAUUUCUUAGCAUAAAUCUAACUGCACAUUCAUGCAGAUUAUAUGCCUUUCUCUGCUCAUUUUAAACCUUGGAUGCCUCUGAUCUGUGUAAAAUAGUCUCUUGUUCCCUGCAGUAUUUCUCAACUUAUAUCUUAAUGGGCUAUCUGUGCUGUGCUCUUUGCUGUAGAUAUUUGGGCUGAUACCUUCUCUCUGAUUUUAAUAAUGUGUAUAAAUUUUCACGCUUCUAAAGAGAAUUUGUGAUUGUUUCCAAAGGAAAGUGCCAUUUAAAGCUUUAAAACUGCAUCUAUUGGUCAUGCACAAAUGCACAUUUUUAAAAAUUAUUAUUCAUGAAAAUACAAAUACAGAUUUAGUCAUUCUCAUAGGCUUCUUAAUAUAGAUAGGUUGAUGAGGGGAUGUCUUUUAAAGGUUGGUACUUAAUCAUGGUAUUUUGUAUUGGAUUAUAAUUUCCUUGUUGUAUGUAUACAUAUUUAUUAGCUCAGCUUGGAAAUUUCGGGUCUGAAGGUCACAUAAAUGUAAGAUAUUUUCUUGAAAUUCAUCAUUCAUUUAUUUUCUGAUGUACGUUGGGUGUUUUGUUUUUAUAUUUUGUAAGUGCAAUAAACCCUUAAGGUAAAGCCA